CAUCUCAACCGGCCUAGCCAAAAUGGCAAUCGUUGACGCAUCGCAUUAAUCGCGUCGCAUUAAUUCGAAAGAGCGAUAGAGCUACGAUAACGAUAUUAUCAUAAGCGUUUGUGCAUUUGGCUGCGUAAUAGGUAUUAGGUACGUACGUAAACGGCCAUAAAGAAUGCACAUCGAGUUUUCGUCUUCGUAGAGCGUUGUCUCUUUCUUGCUUUUGUGAUGUUAGCGUUGUCUCUUUCCAAAUACCGAUGUGCAUUCUUUAUGGCCGUUUACUGUAGGGUAGGUAGUAUUCAAAUUGAACGCUCCCCGGUGACUACAAACAAAAUCUCAAAGACUAGGUACAUACUAGGUGGUGGUGGUGGACAUUUGCUUGUAGGUUCGAGAGCCACACCGGAUUUUGGACGGGCCGGAUCGACAUGUAUGACCAUACGUCAAUGGAGCACAACACAUGGGGUACAGACUUCAGGCGAGGUAUGCAAGUGGCACACGACUUGUUUGGAAAAUAUGCGACAGAUGUCUUCACGGACGAAGCCAUUAAGGUACGUACAGGUGAUCACAGCGCACAACAAGAGCGAGCCACUGUUCCUCAUGGUAACGCACUCUGCCGUGCACAGCGGAAACCCCAACGAGUUCAUUCGCGCGCCCGACAGCGAAAUAGACAAGUUUAAGCACAUCGAGAAUUACCAGAGGAGAAAGUUCGCUGCUGUACUGUCGAAACUGGAUCAGUCCGUGGGUAAAGUGGUGGAGUCCCUACACGGGGCAGGUAUGCUGCAGGACACUAUCAUCCUGUUCACUACCGAUAACGGCGGGCCCGCGGCAGGCUUCAACGACAAUGCGGCGUCAAACUACCCUCUGCGGGGGGUGAAAGCUACACUAUGGGAAGGCGGCGUGCGGGGCGCCGGACUACUUUGGAGCCCCCUGCUGCAAGCCCGGGCCCGCGUGGCGAGUCAGUUGGUACACAUAGUCGACUGGCUACCGUCUCUCAUCAGCGCGGCCGGUGGUGAUGCCAGUUUGCUGCAGAACAUCGAUGGAUUAGAUUUGUGGAAUGAGCUGUCCAAAGACCAGCCUUCUAAGAGGACCUCUGUGCUUCACAAUAUAGAUGACAAAGAGGGAAGUGCCAUUACAAUGGAUAACUGGAAAUUACAUAAAGGGACGUCUUAUAAAGGCGCUUGGGACUCAUGGUACGGGCCGGCCGGCCGAAAUGGCUCGUACGACUUAGACGCGGUGUACCAGGGGAAAGUCGCCGCGAUCCUCAGCAAGAUGGGCCUCAUGCCGACGAGAGAGAAAGCUGGCCUACUCAGGAAAGCUGCCACAUUACAAUGUAGCAGCGAUCCAGAGGUGGUAUGUAGGCCGCUGGAGUACCCAUGCCUCUUUGACAUCCGAACAGAUCCCUGCGAACGGAUCAACUUAGCCAGCAAAAAUCCCCAAAUCGUGCAAAGACUUCUAGAGGAACUUCGCAUCUUCAACCAGUCCGUAGUGCCCCCGAACAAUAUGCCGGAUGACACGCGCGGAGACCCCAAAUUCUGGGGACGUGUGUUCACUAACUUUGGAGAUUAUGAGAACAAUGGCUCAUACUUACAGUGCUCAUGAAUAUGAUAUUACUUUCAUGGCCACUUCGGCUGUUCAAAGGCAGAUUUUACGCAAAACUCUGCGUAGGGGGCGCCGCUAGCACAUUUUUGUGGGCCGUAACGUACGCAUGCGAAACAUGAAAAUCUAAAUUUCCUUAUCGGCCCCCCUAGUACGUAUCAAGUGAUAAAGAAGCAUAAUGAAGUUUGGACUUUUGCGUUUGGUUUGAAGUUUUUAAGUUUAACCAUAGAUUAAAUAUAAGAAGAUCAUACCAUCCCAUACAU